AUGUGGUGUCCUAGCCAUAGAGGCCAGGUUGGAGGGCAACUUGCGCUUCAUAAAGAGCAAUGUCAUCUUGGCUUGCAGCCGGCCCAGCUUCAGAAGGCAGCUGGCCCGCAGCUACCGGCAGCUGGCCCGCAGCUAUUGGCGACCUGGCAUGCUGAGAUAAGCGGACUUUGCUGCUGGUGCCUCACUUGCGUAGUCUUGCAAAACCCAGUCGAACUCACUAGAGGUGGUUGCAAGAGAGCAUGUGCUCAGGUCAUGUUGCGCAUCAAAGGGACUUUCAGCAUUGGCAUAAGACAGGAAAUGGGGGGUCUCUUGACACACUCCUCGCAGCCCUGCAUGUAA